AUGAAAGACAACAAAAAAAAAAAAAAAAAAUCAAAACGCGUCUCCAAUUUUGUGAAUAAUGUGCAAGGUGGUUAUUAUUAUAUAUAUAUAUAUAUAUAUGUAUAUAGUCAUAUAUGUAUACGUACAUGUACAUGUGUGUGUAUAUAUUAUCUCUUUAAGAGAUACACUGUUGCACCAAUACCUGUCCUCUAUAGUCCCGCCAUUAUUGAUCCAUCAAAAAAAAAAGAAAUGAGUUUAGGAGUACGUUUACUGUCCGCCACAGCUAAGGCACCUACAAGAGGCUCUCCAUUAAGUGCCGGUUACGACGUUUAUGCCAGUGAGGCCUGUGUCAUCCCGGCAAACGGCCGUGCCCUUGUCUCUACAGGGGUUGCCGUAGUGUGUCCACAAGACACCUAUGCCAGAGUGGCUCCACGGUCCGGUUUGGCUGUCAAACACGGCAUUGCAACAGGUGCAGGUGUGGUGGACGCCGAUUACAGAGGUGAAGUAAAGGUGCUGCUCUUCAACCAUUCUCAACAAGAUUUCACAGUCUCUUGUGGUGAUCGUAUUGCCCAGCUGGUCCUUGAGAAAAUUGCCACUCCACAAGUCCAUGUCCUUGAUGAUGCCGAAUGGAUUCAACUCUCCCAAACAGAGAGAGGCGCUGGCGGUUUCGGUUCUACAGGCACAAACUAA